CUCCCCAUAAAAGCUUUGCUGCUGGCCUCCAGCCAGGGCCAAGAGCAGAGGUUGAAAACUGGAAGUUCAGGCCUGUGGCCAGUUCUGCCUCCAUCGCGAGCUCUUGAGGUGGCAGAGCCACUGUCUCCAGCUGGCUGGCCGAACACCCUUCUGCCUGCCUGGUUUCCUGCCAUUGUCUGCCUGUCCAUCCAGCUGUAAUCCCUUCUCUGACCAGCCGUCAUUUUAUCCUAUCUUUUCAGCUGUCUGUAAAUCCAUUUGUUUGUCUCUGGCCGCAUCUAGUCCAUCUGUUGGGUUAUUGGUGGGUUUAUCUGUCAUCUUGUCCAUCCUAUCUGUCCAUCUGUCUGCCCACCUGCCUCCCUUCUCCCCCUGAGUCGCAGAGCGAUGGCCCAGAGCCGGGGGGCCACGGUCAGCAUGGUGCUGUUGGGGCUGGGGCUGGCCCUGGCCAUCAUUGUGCCUGCUGUGGUCCUCUCUCGCCAGCACACCCCCUGCGGCCCUCAGGCCUUUGCCCGCGCGGCAGUCGCUGCUGACUCCAAGGUCUGCUCUGACAUUGGACGAGCCAUCCUCCAGCAGCACGGCUCGCCCGUGGAUGCCGCCAUCGCCGCUCUGGUCUGCACUGGCGUUGUCAACCCUCAGAGCAUGGGCUUGGGCGGAGGAGUCAUCUUCACCAUCUACAAUGCAACCACAGGGAAGGCAGAGGUCAUCAAUGCCAGGGAGACAGUGCCUGCCAAGUAUGUCCCGGGGCUGCUGGACAAAUGUAAGCAGGCCCAGCCACUGGGCACAGGGGGCCAGUGGAUAGGGGUGCCUGGGGAGCUCCGUGGCUAUGCAGAGGCCCACCGGCGCCAUGGCCGCCUACCCUGGGCACAGCUCUUCCAGCCCACCAUCAGGCUGCUCCGAGGGGGCUACCGUGUGCCUCCUGUCCUCAGCCAGUUCCUGGAAAACAGCAUCCUGAAGGCUGCCCUGCUCCAGUCAUCCCUGAGGAAGCUGUUUUUCAACGGGACAAAGCCUUUGAGGGCUCAGGACCCAUUCCCGUGGCCCGAACUGGCCAAUACCCUGGAAACUGUGGCCACCGAGGGUGUGGAAGCCUUCUACACAGGGAAGCUGGGCCAGAUGCUACUGGAGGACAUUACCAAGGAAGGAAGUCAGCUGACUCUGCAGGACCUGGCAUCAUUCCAGCCUGAGGUGGUGGAUGCACUGUCUAUGCCCCUGGAGAACUACAUCCUGUACUCACCACCACCCCCAGCAGGGGGCGCCAUCCUUAGCUUCGUCCUCAAUGUGCUCAAAGGGUUCAACUUUUCCUCAGAGUCAGUGGCCAUGCCCGGGGGGCAUGUGCACUUGUACCAUCACCUUGUGGAGACACUCAAAUUUGCCGGGGGACAGAGGUGGCGACUGUGGGACCCUCGCAGUCACUUGGAGGUCCAGAAUGCUUCCCAGGUCCUGCUGGGUGAGGCUCUGGCCCAGCACGUUCGCCAGAGGAUCGACACCCGGGGUGACCACCAGCUCAGCUACUACAAUCUGACCGGGGUCUGGGGUUACAGGAUGGGCACCGCCCAUGUGUCCGUGCUGGGGGAGGAUGGCAGCGCCGUGGCGGCCACCAGCACCAUCAACACACCCUUCGGAGCGAUGGUGUACUCGCCCCGCACAGGCAUCCUCCUCAACAACGAACUCCUGGACCUUUGCUGGAGGCACCCACAGGGCUCUAGCAUCACCCCACCACCGGUUCCAGGUGAGCGGCCCCCAUCAUCCAUGGUCCCCUCCAUCUUGAUCAACGUAGCCCAGGGAUCGAAGCUGGUGAUUGGUGGGGCUGGGGGGGAGCUCAUCAUCUCUGCUGUGACCCAGGCCAUCAUAAACAAGCUGUGGCUUGGCUUCGACCUGCAAGCAGCCAUCGCAGCGCCCAUCCUGCAUGUGAACAGCAGAGGUCUUGUGGAGUACGAGCCCAAAUUCAGUGAGGAGGUGCAGAAGGGGCUCCAGGAGCGAGGCCAGAACCAGGGCAACAGGUCCCAUUUCCUGAAUGUGGUCCAGGCGGUGUCCCAGGAGGGGACCUGUGUGUAUGCAGCAGCAGACCCAAGAAAGGGUGGGGAGGCCUCGGGCUACUGAGGAAGCUGCUUCCAAGAUCCUGUCCACCGUCACGUGCCCAGGCUACCAUGGUCGUGGAAUGGAGCACCUUGGCUGGAUCUGGACCCUGCAGCUCAGGGAUUGGCUUGGGUCUACAAGAGGUGGGGACCAGCUAUGGGGCAGAGCCCUUCCCAAGCCCCUCAUGGCCCUGCCCUCAUCUUCCAGUUUCUUCAGGCCUUUCCCCUGGACUUUAACCCACCCCCCCUCUUUGGCCGCACUCCCCAUCUGUACAUCUUCCUGUCCAAGAUUAAAGAAGAGGCCAGAGCACAGCCUGAUUCAGGGUCAAGGUGGGGGAGUGAGCCGUCAGCACUCACUUUAGUGCCUCUAGUCCUCCGCAGUGCACCACAGAGUUGGGAAAACCAACUUCCCUCGACUGUGCCAAGCACUCCCACUACUUUCUGGGGCUUCUGUCUGUUAGUGGGAAGGCAGGAGGCACUUACCUCUCUCUCUUUGCAAGGUCCAUCUCAGGAUCUUGUCCUCCACACAAGGAGACGUUUGGAUGAAAACCUAAAAUCCCACCCCAGCCCUAACAGCCCAUGUUAGGCAUUUUGGAUGAAAAAUUCUUUCUUAGGGAUGCUGUUCCACGUUUUGGGAUCCUGAGUUGCAUCUCUGAUCUCUAUGCUUCACAUACAGCAGCACCCCCAUACCCCCACAGCCAGCUGUGACAAUGCCAAGCCACCCCUGAUUGAGAACCUCGGCUCUGAACUGAGGCGCCCCCAACCACCAUGAAUGUGUCAGCUGCUGGGUGGGCCCUGCUGGACUGACCUGGGGUCCUGGGAGCACGGAGUAUUCCCAUUUCAUCCCUAACGUCCUGCAGGGAAGCACCUCCCAUUGGCAGGGUCAAGGAUCAGCAUUCGCCUGGCCGUGAAAUUUGGCCAGACAGAAUGGAACAGGGUCACUGUAGCUGCUGCAACAAAAUACUACAAAUUUCAUGGCUUAAAGCAACAGAAACUGAUUGUCUCUCAAAUCAGGAAUCCAUAAUUAGUAUCUCUGGAUUGAAUUCAAAGUGUGGGCAGGGCUGCAUUCCCUCAGAGACUCUGGGGAAAUCAUUCCUGCUUUUUCCAACUUCUGGUGGCUGCCGGCAUUCCUUGGCUUGUGGCCACAUCACUCCAACCCUCUCUCUGCAGUCGGAUGGCCUGCUCCUCUGAGUGUAAAAUCUCCCUCUGCUUCAGGUGGGUCUACAUAGGGAAAGUUUGAAAGUUUGUAAGGAUGCUCAUGGGCCUUUAAAACUCACCCAGAUAAUUAGGAUAAUUCUAAGAUCCUUAGUCACAAAGUCACUUUUCUAUAUAGGGUAACAUUCACAGGUUCCAGGGGUCAGGACAUGCAUGUAUGUGGGGGCUGUUAUUUAUCUGUGUGGGUAAAUAUAUAUAUAUAUUUAUAUUUAUAUGUGUGGGUCUGCAGGGAGCAAACCCCUGAUUCAGGUUUGGCUGGGAAGAUGGACGAGCCAUCUGUCAGACUCUGGGAGGAAGAGCUGGCAACAAAGAGUGGCUCACUUUGGGAUCUUAUUAAACAGAAGAAAUGAAAACCAAAACUGCAGCCUUCCCCACAGCAGCAGGCCUGCUGUCCUCAUUGUGCCCUGCUGAGAACCAUAGGGCUGCACACUGAGGGCACUCAGGCCACCCACUUGAGGUCCCCAGCCUCUCUCAGGGUCGGAUUUUGGAAAGAAAGUUUCAGUUCAGGGGGUGGGCUACAGAAAAGUGGGCUAAAGUAGAAGCAGGAGGAGAGGGUUUUCACACCUGGUGGGAGCCAGAGGCUGGGGCCUGCCAUCAGGACCCUCCACUUGGCAGCCUCACCUUAGGCAGCCUCUGUGGCACCCUAGAACUUUCUCUGAACUUCACAGCCAGAAGGUGAUUCACCAAGCUUCUCCCCUGCCCCCGACUUGCUUGUGAUUUAGCCAAAGUCCCUUGCCCAGCCUUCAUGGGCCUCAUAGUUUCCUCCCUAAGCCAUCUCUGUGGCUAGGGAGGGGAUGGGACAAAGGAGGGCUGAUUGACUUAGGUCUGAGAGGUGUCCGAAACCCUUGGGGAGAAAGAGGCUACUGGGCACAAACCUCAUAGGCCAGUGGCAGGAUGGUCUGGGUCCCAGGGAGUCUGCCCUGCACUGAUAAGUCCAAGGCCAGCUUGGGCAGUCUUAGCAGUUCCUCCUGGCAGUGACAGAGCAUAACUGUGUACCUGCCUGUUGCACAGUUAUGGAGAGGCAGGAGAGAAGACCCUUUGAUGCCCUGCUCCUGCCUCACACUCGGCCACCCUCCCCCCCAACCAAGGCUCAGUCACCACUUCUAUUAUAAUGCGUCCUCACCCAGACUCUGACCCAAGUUUCUGGUGUGUCAGACCCACAUUACUACCCACUCACCCACCUAACUACCUCCAGAACAUCCAAGGUUCAUAGCCAGCUUGAACUUAAACAUCUUAUUAUACAGAAGAAAUCAAAACCAAAACUGCAGUGUGUUCAAAAUAACACUGAGAUCAGCCUUCACAGAAGACAGUUAAAGCAGGACUCAGAGGAAAAUUCAAUGCAUUCGAUAGUUAUAUUAAGAUGACUCAAAAUUUAAAAAGCAUCUAAUUUAAGAAAUUAGUGGGAAACUAUAAGGAAAGCAAGCAGAAGGACUCAGUAGCAACUGAAAUAGAAAUUGAUAAAUUUGAAAUAAAAAACAGGUUUUGAAAACACACAUGUACCCACACAUAUAAUAGAUAUGCUAUUAGCUAAUCAAUCAGUAAAAUAAAGGGAGUGUGAACAUACAAAAACAGAAAUAAGAGUGGGGAAAUAAGAUACAGGGGAAAUUAAAAGUAUUAUGAAAGAUUACCCCAAUUUACCCAAGUAAGUUUGGAAACUGACAAAAUAAAUUACUUUCUAGGACAAUAUAAAUACAGUUAUAAUACUUGAGACAAACUUACACUAAAAAUGUUGUUUAUCUGAAAUUCAAAUUUAAUUAGGUAACUUAUUUUUUGUUUGCUAAAUCUUGAAAUCUUAAGUAUAAUGACAAUCAUGCUAAGAACGGUCAAAAUGCAGACAUGGAGGAAAAAUUAGAAUAUUGCAGGAAAAUGUCCUUCUGGAAAGUUCUAGAACUAAUUUAGGACACACUUAGUGCCCUAAAAUUAGGACCAGCGUGCCUCCCAGAUGCGCCAUUUUUAAGACAGGGAGCUUCAUGUCCUGACCUCACCAAAAUUGUAUAGAACUGAGAAAGGGCUGUCCCCACAGGCAGAGGUAAGCUGAAAGCUGGCACAAGCCAGGCCAGGUGACUGGCUGUAGGUUGGAGACCAGAGGGGGAUCCAGCGGCCACAGGGACAGGGGAGUGCCUCCCAGACUCACCUUCUUUAAGACAGGGAGGUUCGCAUCCAGACCUCACUAAAAUUAGGGACAGAGACCUCUCCUACCAGUUAAGCUCCCACAGUGUAGAGUGAGGAGGAAAAUUGAGCACAUUCACUUUAUGAAGUCAAUGCAGCACUGACCCCAAGACUGUCAAAGAAAACUAUAGGUUUAUCGUGUUUGUGAAACUCAAAACAAAGCCCAUAAAUACAAUAUUAGCAAGCAGAACCCAGCAUCACAUUUAAAAGAACAUGUCCUGUUUACCUCAGUGGAGCCAGACACCAGUACAGCAAAGAAAUUUACUAUGGACUUACCGUCCCCAUGAAUGUGACUCUUAUCUUUCAUCAGAGGGAAAAAAAUCACAGGGUCAUCUCCAACUGAUGAUGCAUUUGACAAGAAUCCAAUAUUUAUUCUUGAUUAAAACAGACAAAUUUUAAAAAACAGAAUAAAAUGAGAAUGAAUGGAUGUCCUCGUAACAUGAAUAUAUGUUUGGAGUUGGGUGUUACCCGUAGGUUGGAUGCUGUUCUACAGCUAUACAUGUUUUGAUUCAAGUCAUACGGUUCUUCCUAAUGAAGGAGAGCUAUGAUUUUCUCAAUUUUACAGACUAGGAUAGUGAAAUAUUAAUAGGAUACUGAAGCAGGGUAAUUAAGUAUUAAUGCUCCCAGAGUUAGUUUCAGAGCUGGAUAGAGAGACGGAGAAAAUAAAUCUUGACCCCUACCUCAAACCAUAAACAAAAAAUUAAUUAAAGAUGAGUUUGAAGUCUAAAUGGGCAAGCUAAAACAACUGCCUUUGCAAGUGUUCCUUUCUCAUUUAUUAAAAAGAUGAUCAUUUUUCUUCAGUGAAUUGCAUCAGUGCCAUUGUUUAAGAAAAUAAUCAAGUAGGGCCUUCCUGGUGGCACAGGAAUUAAAGUCUCAGUGCUAUCAAGCUAUUGCCGCCACUGCAGGCACGCAGGCACAAAUUAGAUCCCCAGCUGAGGAGCUGACCCGCAUGGCACAGCAGACCUCUCCUGUCUCGCCCACUGCUCCCCUCAGCAGUGCAUUUCAGUCAUUCCGCCUGUUCUGCUCCUCACUCUGUCUCUGGUGAAUCCUCUCACCAUCACUGCCGCCGCCACCCCCCACACCCUGCACCUCUGGCCUAUACCCCAGUUCUUG